AAUAUCCUGACAGCACCUGUAGUCCGCACAAAGCUCGGGAGCCUGAAAGGUGAGUAUGUGAGUGUGAAAGGGAAGGAGACUGGCGUCCAUGCCUACCUGGGUGUCCCAUUUGCCAAACCACCCCUCGGCCCUUCCUUGAGACUGGCUCCACCUCAGCCUGUAGGAGGAUGGGAAGGAUCUAAAGAAACUGUUUUGGAUCUGGUUGAUAAACUCGGUAAAGCACUGGUGGAAAUACCAGACAUCUCUGAAGACUGUCUUUACCUCAACAUUUACGCUCCUGCAAACAGAGCUAAAAAUGCCAAGCUCCCAGUCAUGGUCUGGAUUCAUGGUGGGGGCUUUGCGCUGGGAUCUGCUUCAAUAUAUGAUGGCUCUGCCUUGGCUGCUUACCAGGACGUGGUUGUGGUUCUGAUCCAGUAUCGCUUAGGUCUUCUGGGUUUUCUCAGAGCUGUGUUCCGCACCCAGGAGGAAAACCACAUUGUUUCUUCUGUACUAGAGUUUUUUGCUCCCCAAAACUGGACAGAAGGACUAGAUCGGGAAUUUGUUUUGAACAUGGUUUCCUUCUUCUACCCCGACCCUAAAGCAGCAUUUAUCAGAGAUGUGAUAGCUGAUGAAUAUAUUGGAAAUGGUGACGACCGUGUGAAAACAGAUGGGUACACUGAGAUGCUUGGAGAUUUGUUUUUCACCAUUCCAGCGAUCAAAGCUGCUAAUGCUCACAGAGAUGCAGGCGCUCCUGUAUACCUGUAUGAGUACCAACAUCCUCCCAAAUUCCUGCAGCAGAAAAGGCCGAGCUUUGUCGGGACUGACCAUGCAGAUGAAAUGUUUACAGUUUUGGGAUUUUGCUUCACAACUACCUAUAUUAGGUUACCCAAUCCGUGCCCUGAGGAUGAAGAACAGUUGAGCAAGGUCAUGAUGAGCUACUGGGGGAACUUUGCUCGCACAGGAUCUCCUGAGGGCACAACCCACUGGCCAAAGUAUGGAGCAGAAGAAAAGUACCUGGCGAUUGGUUUAAAAAAGCAGGUAACUGCUCAGCACCUGAAGAAGGAGCACUUUGUCUUCCUGACUCAGACCGUCCCAGAGAAGAUCAAACAGGGUGCAGGUGUCCCU